UGGUUAACUGAUGUUUUAUUGGUUAAACUAUGUCGAUGGGCAGAAGAGAAGAGCUUACGCAUCGGUCAGACCUCAUUAAAAUUAGUAGCAGUUGACGAAUAUAACAAGCUCUAUAAUGAACUAAAGCAGAAAUAUGGUGUGAAAUUAGUUGAGGUGUGGCCAGAAAGGACUGACCCUCAGAAAUUUGUGUAUGAGGAUAUUGCUAUAGCUACAUAUUUAUUGUUAUUAUGGAGAUCUGACUGUGAUGAAUCUGGUGAAAUAAAGAAACAGUCAUUUGUGGAUCUGGGAUGUGGAAAUGGUCUGUUAGUCUAUAUUCUAACUGCAGAAGGGCAUAAAGGAGUAGGAUUAGAUUUAAGAAAAAGACAAAUAUGGGACUGGUAUGGCUCUGGUGUAAAUCUGAAAAUUGAAUCCAUCACUCCAUCAAGUGAUACUUUAUUCCCAGAAUAUGAUUGGUUGAUUGGUAACCAUAGUGAUGAAUUAACACCAUGGAUACCUGUCAUGGCUGCAAGAUCAUCUUAUAAGUGUAAAUAUUUUGUUCUACCUUGCUGCCAUUUUGAUUUUAAUUGUAAAUUCAACCAGAGAGACACUGGCACCAGUCAAUAUCAGACUUAUUUAAACUUUGUUCAACAAGUUGGUGAGGUCUGUGGAUUUAAUGUAGAGGAGGAUACUCUCAGAAUUCCUUCUACUAAACGGGUAUGUUUUGUUGGAAGAUCCAGAAAUUACAAAGAGAGCGAGGAAAGUGUGGUAGAUACAAAAAGAAUGGAAUAUAUCAACAAUAGAUGUAUCAUAGCAACAGACAAAAACUCUAUAGAAGGCAGUACUGGAAUAGAUUCAAAUGCCCAGUCUCCAACAGAAAGUGACAGUAAGAAAAUAAGGCUGGAUGAACAGUCAUGUGAAAAUGGUGCAACACCUUGGGCUCAAUCGUUCCAGCCUCGUUCAGCUAAAGAAAUACCAAGGAACUGCCAGAGUGUGCCUAGUGAUAUUAAAACUAUGAUAGUGAAAACAGUAUUUCAAUGUUUAAUAGAGUCUACAGAUAGUAUGGUUAUCCAGACUGAACAUGGUACAAGUUGGAAUAAAGGAGGGACAUUACCCUUAAGUAAUGUAGCUGAAUUAUUUACAAGUGAAACACUACAGAAGUUAAAAUGUGAAUGUGGUGGUCUACAGACUUUAUUACGUAAUCAUAAUCAUAUAUUCCAAGUAACUGGAGGAAUAGUAAGGUUAAGAGAUCUCUCAUCAGAUGAUCUGUUCGGAAAGAAAAAUUCAAAAAAGAAGAAAGUAUCUAAGACAAAUUCAGAAGAUUUUAUUAAAACUACUCUGUGUUGGUUUAAUGAACAUCACCCUGAUGGGUGUCCACAGUUAGCAGUGAACUGUAAAUAUGCUCAUGGUGCCCAAGAACUGAGACAAAAGCCACUCCAAUCAAAAUCCUGA